CCCUACACACUUUACUACCUUACUACAACUACAACUCCUCUCCAUUGACAUUUCGAGGGAGAGCGCGCGCGCCUGCUUGCCCCAAGGAGCCAGCCGGCCGGCCACAUGGUCGCACGUCGAGGAUAGUGGUUUGUUCGUGAGCUGGCCUGCUGCUUGACUUGCGCCGCUCGUCUCCGGAAACCGUUCCUGCUGCCGCACGCACGUGCUGCUGCCGCUGCGCCAGAAAGUGUAGCCGCAUUCGGGUGCAAAAAGAGUGGAACAUCUGUUUCUCGUCGCCGACCGGACACUUCUUCUUUGUCCCGAUAUUGGAUGCGAGUCCUGCCCGAGGUCGAAGUGGCCUGAGGCAUGCAACGUGCUUCGGAUUUCUGCCAGAGUCGUAGUGGCUUGACGUGCUUCGGUCAGCGGCAAUAGACAGUGAAGUUCUACUCGGAGAGGCUUCCAGUUGGAGUGAUGAAGAAAUCGUCACGUCACGGAUUACUGUCGUGGAUUUCUCCCGGACAAGUUAGAACCGUCGUCUAGUUGUGCAAAUUGCGUCCCAAUUUUCGUGUCUAAUCAAAAUAUUUUAUCACGGAAUUGAUGUGCUCGCUGUUCCAUUCGCCCCUGAGAAGCCUGCGUUCGGCGAGGAGUUCUCUGUGAGCAUAAAGUUUCCGAAGCUCGAAUGACGAUGGUGCUCAGCGAAGAAGCGAGAAGGCCGCAGCUGACCAAGGUGCGAUCUCAGAUGCUGCCUCCGGGACCUCCGUCGCCGGACUCGACGCCUCCGAGGAUGGGGCGGGAGCCCAGUAACCAUCACAGCCACAACGAUUCUUCGUCACGGACUGAAUACAAAAUGAGGCCGCCGCCCGCACCCAAAGGAACACUGCACAAACCCACUAAAGAACUGCCCACGCAAGUGCCUCCCUUGACGCCUGGGACCAACCAGAAGAUGACCCAAGCCCUGACUGCAAGUUUCAGCAGUUGGGAGAAAGAGCGCGAAUCUCUCAACAUUACCAGAGACCCUCGGCAGUGGACGGAAAUGGACGUAGCCCACUGGCUGGGCUGGGCGAUCCGGGAGUUCAGCCUGGAGGGCGUCAACAUGCCCAACUUCGCCAUGAAGGGCAAGGACAUGUGCGCGCUGGGCAAGGAGGCCUUCCUCACCAGGGCGCCGCCGUUCAUGGGCGACAUCCUCUGGGAGCACCUCGACAUCCUGCAGAAAGAGGUUGAGAAGGAGCGCGCGUCCCUGGAGAACGUGCCAUCCAACCUGUACGAGUCCGUGUGCGUGCCGGAGCUGGACGAGUUCUUCCAGCAGGGAGGCAGUUUCCCGAUGCCCGAGCAGAAGGUGACGCCUGUCAUGAAUGGAGCCACCGCGCCCACGUCGCAGACCUACAUCGACGGAGGCUACAACCAUAUCAGUGAAUCCCUGCAUACGCUGAACGACAUGAAUCAGGAGGAGAUGGCCCUGGGACACAACUCCUACGACGAGUCUCAGGAGUAUGGCCUCGAGACGCCCCAGUCCCAUCCCCCGUACCUCGACUCCAGCCCCGAGUUCUACCCUUCCACUUCCACCGUGGUGCACGAGACCAAGUUCCAGCCUACAUACACGACCAGCAAAGAGUUCUCCAGACAGAGGUACUCCCACCAUGAGAUGAGCCUCCCCGAGAGGUACGCUUCGCACCACUACGAGCCCCCAUUCCAAACGGUGCCCACGGGAGUGCAGAACCCAACCGACCACUGGGUGGCACACCAGAACGGCACCGCAGGCCCCCUCGGCGCCAACGGCGUCCCCCACCACCACCCGUCUUCCUUUGGCGCCCUACACGCCCUCCGGGACGGUCACCUGGGUCACCUCAGUCCUCUGCCAGGAGGUCCACACCAGAGGCAGCAUGGUGGAGAUAGCAAGCCAGUCAUCCAAGCGGCCGUUUUAGCAGGUUAUUCCGGAAGUGGCCCCAUCCAGCUGUGGCAGUUUCUCCUGGAACUUCUCACAGACAAGUCUUGCCAAGGAUUCAUCAGCUGGACAGGAGACGGCUGGGAGUUCAAGCUGACCGACCCUGACGAAGUAGCUCGUCGCUGGGGAGUGCGCAAAAACAAGCCCAAGAUGAACUAUGAGAAACUGAGUCGAGGCCUGCGCUACUACUACGAUAAAAACAUCAUUCACAAGACGGCGGGCAAGCGAUAUGUGUACCGCUUUGUGUGUGAUCUCCAGGCUCUGCUGGGCUACACCCCUGAAGAACUGCAUGCCAUGGUGGAGCUCAAGCCUGAGAAGAAGGAUGAAGACUGAGAAAAUGUGUGCAGGAGUGUCUGCUUUUCUUUUUUUUUCUGUGUACAUCUUAUGGUUUGAAAGUCUAAUAGACAGGACAAGGAAACUCCAAAGUGUGCGGCAUUAAAACUGGCAUGCAGAAACUGAAUGCCCAAAAGGAACUGCCAAGGCAUUGAAGAGGAGCUUGGGGACUGCUCUUUCUCUUCUUGAUGAAGCAAACUGUGCAGAAGAAGUAUGAACUUUUGAGAAGACCCGUUUUUGCUCAAGCAGCCAUUCUUCAUGUUGAUGCAGUUGCUUCUGGUGAUUUCAUUGUAUUUUGUUUUGUUUUAAUAUGUGUAUGUGUAUGGUGGAGCAUUUUGUUGCUGUAUCAUUGUCGUUGGUCUCAAAAGUGUGAGCGAGCUUUUUAAGGUGACAAAAAGCUGAGGACAAAAAAAUUGGUAGAUACUCUCUUCUUAGCCCAUCGGGAUGGCUGCACAUCAUGUAAGAAUGCGUGCAAAUUUGUUAUUUUGCACCGAAAUGUCUUGGCACCACUAGGCCUUUGCAGAACGUUUCUGUAAUGCGUGAAGGCCAUUGAAUAGCGCUUCAGUGCAAAUAUCUCGUGUUCAACAGAACCUUGACAUUGUCAAGGUAUUCUUCUAGGGUACACUGCAAGUUGGCAUUAUAAAAACAUGCAUGACCUGUGCAUCACCUGUUAUUUUCAAUGAAUGAGUGAAGAGGGUUAGUUUGGCAAGAUUUCUGAAGAGAUGUUUCAAACAUGUUUUAUACUGUAUCAGUAUGUGAAAUACAGGUAUCAAGCCAGCCUUAUGCAUGCAAUGCUGUUGACCAUUUUCCUCGAAAAAAAAAAUGCUAUGCAAACAGUGAAACACUGAGCCUUUCAGUGCAUCUUUUUAACUACAAUAUUUAUGUAGCCAUCUUGAAUAAUCUUAAUUUUAUUGCUAAAUGUUAGCUUAAUUCGUAAACAAAUGAACACAUAGUCUACCAACACCUGGCCCUUUGAUUGGGGUGUUCAGUUGUGAAAAAGCUGUUAACAGAUUUUAAGGAUGAAAUUGAUCCAAAACCUAACUUUGCCAAUUCAGUGGUUUUUAAGCUACAGCAAAACAUGAAAAUGAUUAGCUCAUUUUAUUUUCAUUUUAUUGCUAGAACUUUUAAAGGUGUCAGAUGUUAGCAAAUAUUUCUUUUGUUUUAGUCAGCCUGAAUAAGUAGUAGUCAAAGUGAGGAACUACCUUCAGGUGGAGCAUGUCAAGAAACAAGAUACAGCAAAGAGCCAAAGUAUUCCACUGUCUCGUUUGUCCUGUGCUAUCAGUUUUGCACUGAAAGUACCAACUAAAGCUUUGUUUUUUGUUUUUUUCAUGUGCCUUGAUUCCAGGAUAUCAGCACAAUAUCCUGAGAGUUUUUUUUUCUUUUCACUUCAUGGAUUAUAUCCAUAAUGAUCAAGUUAUCUUGUAAAUAUAUACAUAUAUAUUAUACAUGAAUUCCUACUUCAUCAUAUGUUAUAUUUUGAGAGCAACAUAACUCGAAAGUAUUGUUGCAGCAUUUAUCAUAAGAAAGCGAAUAUAUCAAGGAGAUUGUGUAUAUUGCGGAUGUGCAUUUUUAGGAGAGAAGCGAGGAAGAAGGUACUGUCUACUGUCAUUGCAAAUUCCGUGCUGUUCACAGGCUGUAAACGAUGUCCUGUCGUAGUGGAACGUUUGUGGAGGUAUACCCUCAGUAAGGACUAUAUGCAAGAUAAUUUUUCAAAGCCUUCUCCCCCUAAAUUGUAACUUAUACUUGAAUUGUCAACUUUCCCAUGCUUCUCCUAAAAAGACUGUCUAUAAAAGUAUUAAGAUCACCCCCAGUAUUUUGUUGUACGAAAGCUUGAGGAAGCCGUGCCUUAAUUUGUUUGUCUUCCAAAGAGGAUAUACAUAUAUUUAUAUAAAACAAAAUUUUUAUAUGUUUACAUAACAUAUCCCUGUUUGAUGUGGUGUUGCGAGAAAGCCCGAACACAGACAGGGAGGCACUUUCUUACUUCACACGCUUCGUUUGGUGAUGCCUUGCGCUGAGUGUUAUGAGCCUUUGUAAAUUAUUCCCGGAAGUCUCUGUGCUCCAUUUUCCGAAGGGAUGAUCUUUUCGGGAAAGCUUUUUUAAGUGCAAGAUCUCAUGAUAGAAACCUUACAAAGCCCUGCUGAAGAUCACCUUGCUGGGAACUUGUGACACCUUGUGAUCUGCUGACUGUAUUUUGUCUCAAGAACUUGGAUUGUGAUGUAAUUGAUAGUUUCUUAUUUGCUUUAAUGCAAGUAAAGUGUGCAACUUCCUUGUUCUGCAAACAUCAAUGUUGAAAUAAAAUGCACAGACAUCUUUCA